GCUCCUACUACUACGCUGGCCCAGCCACAGCAGAAUCAGACACAGACUCACCACACGACUCAGCAGCCCUUCCUCAACCCGACCCUGCCGCCAGGGUACAGCUACACUGGGCUCCCUUACUACGCUGGAAUGCCUGGUGUUCCCAGUGCAUUCCAGUAUGGGCCAACCAUGUUUGUACCCCCAGCAUCUGCUAAACAGCAUGGAGUCAACCUGAACACAGCGUCGACUCCCUUCCAGCAGGCGAGUGGCUACAGCCAGCAUGGCUACGGUGCAGGCUAUGAUGACUUAACGCAGGGAACGGCAACUGGAGAUUACAGCAAAGGAGGCUACAGUGGGUCAUCUCAAGCACAAAAUAAAUCUGCCGGCACUGGACCUGGGAAAGGUGUUUCUGUGACCUCAAGUAACACGGGUGUGCCUGAUAUCAGUGGCUCAGUCUAUAACAAGACUCAGGUAUUCAGUGUGACUUGGCUUCCUCCUGGGACGUUUGACAAGCAGGGAUUCCAUGCUGGCACUCCGCCUCCCUUCAGCCUGCCUUCUGCUCUUGGAUCGACUGGGCCCCUGAACCCUGGUGCUACCCCAGGUUAUGCUCCAGCCCCAUUUCUCCAUAUCCUCCCUGCUCAUCAGCAGCCUCAUUCCCAGAUGCUGCAUCACCACCUUCAGCAGGAUGGGCAGGGUGGAUCUGGCCAACGCAACCAGCCCAGCACCAUGCAGCCAAAGUCUCAGGCUACCAAAACCACCUAUGGCACUUCUCCAUACUGGACAAACUAAAUCUGAAACCGGGGAGGGGGGGAGAGAACGAAAGAGGAGGAAGAAAAAAAAGAAAAAAAAAAUAAAUAAAAGACAAAAAAGAAAAUAAAAGCUGAAGCCCAUUAUUGGAAUUAUUAGGAAAAGUAACUGCUCAGCCAAACGUCUGUGCAGGGAGAACUGCAGCCAGCCAGCCAUCCUCUGUGUGACUUGCCUGUUUCCUCUUUGAGUUGCUGUUAUAUGUAAUAUAUUUAUGUAUGUAUUUGUAAAUGUAAUAGAGCCUAAAUGUGGUUUUCUGCAUCUUGUAGCCUGUUUUAUUUUCUUUGUAGGAAAACUAAUUAUUCAUUUUCCAUCUGCACCAGGGCAUCCUUCUUUGUUUACUAUUUUAAGCUCUAUGGAUUUUGCAACUCCGUCAGACAAACACAAAUGGCACUUUUUUUUUUUUUUUUUUUUUUUGAGCUGGAGCCCAUUUAUUUAAUGCAGUUCUAAACUCAGACAAAUAAGGACACCUGCCCUUCCAAAAAACCUAGAUCAAGAUGUGUCCCGUUGGUUUUAUUUUACCCCCCUAACCCCCAAUACAGCUGUUAUUUCAGAGGGGGAAAAUAAAAGAAAGAAAAGAAAAAAAAAGUUUUGUGGGGAAAAAAAGUUUUGUGGGAAAAAAAAGUUUUGUGGGCUUUCCCCUUUCUUUCAUUUCCUCCCUCCCUGCCUCCCACCCUCCUGCUGUGGAAGACAAGCUCUUGUGGGCAGUUUCAUCACUGUAGCCUUGAGCUGCAGUCUCAAUUUCUAAUUUUUCAAAUUUUUAAUAAUAAUAAAAAGGACAGGCUUUUUUUGUUUGGUUGGUUUGUUUGUUUGUUUGUGUGAGGGUUUUUGUUGGUGGUGUUUUUCUCUAGCAAGAGACUUUGGAUGGCUCAGUGUGUCCUGGAACCUCCUUUACAUCAUUAGAGGCAAAAACUAUGUAGCAGUUUCUUAAAUAAAAGUAUAAGCUGUGUCUUGUA